AUGUUUCAUUGUCCGGCGCACCUAUCUCUCACUCGGGACGUACACACUGUACAGAUCGAAUUGUCCAUUCACGAGAAACCAGGUCAUAUGAUCGCACGACUGGAAGCGACCGAUGAAGAUGUCGGCCCGAAUGCGGCCAUACAAUUCCUAUUGGUCGACGGCCCGGUUAUUGAGAACUUCAAACUGCAACCGAAAACCGGUGAACUCUUUCUACAACGACCGCUGACAAAGCGGGACCAGGGUGGAGUCAAAUUGACCGUGUUAGCUGUGGACAAUGGGGCCAAUUCACGCACAGCCACAGCCACAAUCCACGUGCUGAUUAAAGAUAUCCCAGCAAUCGGUACCAUGGAUUUCUCCACAUCCUCGGUACUGACCACCGCCGGGCAGACAGACAAUCUGUUCGGGAUGAGCUCGUUGUUUGGCGGGACCGGAUUGAGUUCGAACAAGUUUAUCAUUAUCUGUAUUGUCCUCAUUACCAUAGUGAUUUGCACAAUCCUCGUGGCGGUGAUUUUUAUCGUGUCUCGUGGUGGUUGUGCAACCUAUUUAGGUCGUUCGAAACUGCUCUCGCCAAAAUCGAAAGAUGCACAACGAUUCACCGGACAAAUGUCAGACGGUACAAUGCUAACCACUCCGAAAAGCGGACAGUAUCCGGAACACUGCCAGUUAGGCUCUACCUCAUUGAAUGAUCGUAUGCUAAACGGAUAUUUGACCGGUUCAGAUACCCUGCAUGCGGCCGAUAGUUAUGGACUCGUUCAACCUAUGUAUACAAACUACUCAAAAGGUGCAUCGUAUGAUUUUGACCAGAAAAGUCACGAUAUGCUAAUUAAGAAUCACACAGGUUAUUCCGGUCCAAAUAUCGCUGAUCUGGAGAGAGUACCCGGAGAAGAAAGGGAAAUCAUGAGUAUGGCCGGUUUCACAAGUACCGAUACCUAUCCGGUUAGUCCAAAUCUACGAUCGUAUACGGGGCCGAGUACCGGUCCAGGUCCGAUGGACAGUUUGCACUAUCGACCCACCAUGUCUCCGUUCCCGAGCCAAGAAACACCUCUGUCCACGGUGGCCGCUCUGCCUUAUUCUCGUGCAACCGAUCUGGACGGAAUUUCAUUCACCGGUGCUCUGGGGAACGGUGGCACAGUCAGUGGUGGAGGUGGCGAUACCGGUUUGAGCAGUGGUGGACACACAUUCAGUCGCUUUGAGUUACGCAAUCAUGCGAUCAAUUCGACCGGAUUUAUGAACGAGCACAUGCAGCAGCAUCACCUUCAUCAUCAUUUUCAUACGCCUCAGCCACAUACAAGGGGGCCUCCGUUCAGUGGGCUAAUGCCGAGUUCAUUGAUUCCCUAG